ACUCUCUACCAUGGCUUAGGCUGGAUGCAGGGUCAGGAAGAGGAUAACCAACUGUCUUUAAAGCAGAGGAAGCUUGCAGGCAUCACACCAACCAAGCUGUCCAGGAGGUCAGCAGCAGUAAUAGGUCACACUGACAGCACCCAGGCCCCUUCUAUGAUGCCACAAUAAGAGCAAUGCCCAUCAGUGAUGGCCUCCCUCCAUACUCACAUCCUGCAUCCAGUCUCCAGAAAGCAUUAGACCCAGCCAUGUGCUGAGCCUGGACAGAUGAUAGAUGCUCUUUGAUCCUCGAGUCUUAGAAGAACAGAGAAACUAAUACAUGUGGAUGUGACUGAUGUGGUCACUGAAUGGGAGAACAGAUGCUGGGUUAGAUGUUGGAACCAGAAAAGGGGGCAUUAGGAGACAGCUGGGAACAUCUGGAUUAAGCCUUCCACUCAGCAGACAGUACUAUAGCAAUGCUUCUAGCUCUGGACAUCCCUGAGCCAUCUGCAGCCCUGCUCUUUUGUGGUUUAAUUACAACAGCCACUGGUUGCUUCUCCGUUACAGACUGAUCUGGAUUUCUUUCACCUAAAGUCACCAGUACAAAGCAUGCACAGCCUUACCAUGUUGAUAGCCCAACCCUGGGUUGUUAGAGAUAGUGUGUGCCUCCCACACUAUGGCCCUCAUAGCAUCUGCAUGUGUGCCUGGAACCUGCUAAUGCACCAGACACAGUGCUGAUGGUGCCAUCUCACUUGUCUCAGGCCUAGUUAGUGAGCCAGCUGGGAAUUUAAAAGAUGCGCACCAAAGUCACCAGGCAGACUUCUUAAGGGGCCCCUAUGUGGAGUCUCUACUUCACAUUGCUUCCUCUCUGAUGGUCCCUAAUCUCUGAAGUCUCCCUGGCUGCCCAGAGACUUGGCCUCUGCCAGGGAGGUCAUUGCUGUACCUUGAGGCUCCUUGACAGCCAGCUCUGCCUGACUAUCAUCAUUAGGCAGCACCCCCCAUCCCUUGUCACGGCAUACAACUGCGGAUGCAGAGAAUAAAGCCACUGCCAUGAGGUCACAGGGUCAUCGUAGAGGUGAGGACAGAAGACAGCUCCAUGACACUCCAGAAACCCUUGCUGGCCUUCAUGUGCACAAAGGGUCUAAACCCUCAACUCUGCAGUUGCCCAGGAAGCACCAUCAUGGUUAUCCAGCCACCUUCAGAGGGUGAGGAAGUGACACCCAGGAUGGGAGAUGCCCUUGGAAGGCAUCUAAAACAUUUCCUCUGUGGAAGGAGACCAGGAGAAGUACACCUGAAAGCUACCACGAGGCAGAGUGUCCACCAUCCCUAGGAAAGGCGGUCUCCUCUUCCUCCCAUUUCUUCCAUUUUCUAGAAGACGACGACCAAGGCUGACAUGGUACCACCCAUGUUAUGUUCCUCUCGCGAGGCCUCUAUUCUGUUAGCAGAGUCUCCAUGUGCAGUACACAGAGCACAGCGAUGCUGAGGAAUCCCAUGACACUGGUUUACAGGAGCCAGUCUCCCAGCCCCUGUCAUUAGCAGCAAGAACUGGCUGCGGCUACACUUCACAUCAGAUGGCAACCACCGGCAACGUGGCUUCAGCGCCCAGUACCAAGUCAAGAAGCAGAUUGAGCUGAAGUCUCGAGGUGUGAAGCUGAUGCCCAGCAAGGACAAUAACCAGAAGACGUCUGUGUUAACUCAGGUUGGUGUGUCCCAAGGACAUAAUAUGUGUCCAGACCCUGGCAUACCUGAAAGGGGAAAAAGACUAGGCUCAGACUUCAGGUUAGGAUCCAGUGUCCAGUUCACCUGCAAUGAGGGCUAUGACCUGCAAGGGUCCAAGAGGAUCACCUGCAUGAAAGUGAGCGACAUGUUUGCAGCUUGGAGUGACCACAGGCCAGUCUGCCGAGCCCGCAUGUGUGAUGCCCACCUCCGAGGCCCCUCGGGCAUCAUCACGUCCCCCAACUUCCCCAUUCAGUACGACAACAACGCACACUGUGUAUGGAUCAUUACGGCGCUCAACCCUGCCAAGGUGAUCAAGCUGGCCUUUGAAGAGUUCGAUCUGGAGAGGGGCUAUGACACCCUGACAGUCGGGGACGGUGGGCAGGAUGGGGACCAGAAGACGGUCCUCUACAUCCUGACAGGUACCUCCGUCCCAGACCUGAUUGUCAGCACUCACCAUCAAAUGUGGCUCCUCUUCCAGAGUGACAGCAGUGGCAGCUCCCUGGGAUUCAAAGCUUCCUAUGAAGAGAUCGAACAAGGCAGUUGUGGAGACCCUGGCAUACCUGCCUAUGGCCAGAGAGAAGGCUCUCGCUUUCGCCAUGGUGACACACUCAAGUUUGAAUGCCAGCCUGCCUUUGAGCUGGUGGGGCAGAAAUCAAUCACGUGCCAAAAGAAUAACCAGUGGUCGGCUAAGAAGCCAGGCUGUGUGUUUUCCUGCUUCUUCAACUUCACCAGUCCCUCUGGAAUCGUCCUGUCUCCCAACUACCCUGAAGACUAUGGCAACCAUCUCCACUGUGUCUGGCUUAUCCUGGCCCGGCCUGAGAGCCGCAUCCACCUGGCCUUCAAUGACAUCGAUGUGGAGCCUCAGUUUGAUUUCCUGGUUAUUAAAGAUGGAGCCACUGCUGAGGCCCCGGUCCUUGGUACCUUCUCUGGAAAUCAGCUUCCCUCCUCCAUCACCAGCAGUGGCCAUGUGGCCCGUCUAGAGUUCCAGACUGACCACUCCACAGGGAAGAGGGGCUUCAACAUCACCUUUACCACCUUCCGACACAACGAGUGCCCUGAUCCUGGUGUUCCAGUUAACGGCAAGCGGUUUGGUGACAGCCUGCAGCUGGGCAGCUCCAUCUCCUUCCUGUGUGAUGAAGGCUUCCUCGGGACGCAGGGCUCUGAGACCAUCACCUGUGUUCUGAAGGAGGGCAGCGUGGUGUGGAACAGUGCCGUUCUGCGCUGUGAAGCUCCCUGUGGUGGUCACCUGACUUCACCCAGCGGGACCAUCCUAUCUCCAGGCUGGCCUGGCUUCUACAAGGAUGCCCUGAGCUGCACGUGGGUGAUCGAAGCCCAGCCUGGAUACCCCAUCAAAAUUACAUUCGACAGGUUUAAAACUGAGGUCAACUAUGACACUCUGGAAGUGCGAGAUGGACGGACAUACUCAGCACCUUUGAUUGGCGUUUACCAUGGGACCCAGGUGCCCCAGUUCCUCAUCAGCACCAGCAACUACCUCUACCUCCUCUUCUCUACUGACAAGAGUCACUCGGACAUUGGUUUCCAGCUCCGCUAUGAGACUAUUACACUGCAGUCAGACCAUUGUCUGGACCCAGGCAUCCCAGUCAACGGGCAACGCCAUGGAAAUGACUUCUAUGUGGGUGCUCUGGUGACCUUCAGCUGUGAUUCGGGCUACACAUUAAGCGAUGGGGAGCCCCUGGAGUGUGAACCAAAUUUCCAGUGGAGUCGCGCCCUACCCAGCUGUGAAGCUCUCUGUGGUGGCUUCAUUCAAGGUUCCAGUGGCACCAUCUUGUCGCCAGGGUUCCCUGACUUCUACCCCAACAACUUGAACUGCACCUGGGUUAUUGAGACAUCGCAUGGCAAGGGCGUGUUCUUCACCUUCCAUACCUUCCACCUGGAGAGCGGCCAUGACUACCUCCUCAUCACUGAGAACGGCAGCUUCUCCCAGCCCCUGAGGCAACUGACCGGCUCGAGGCUGCCAGCGCCCAUCAGUGCCGGGCUCUAUGGCAACUUCACCGCUCAAGUCCGCUUCAUCUCUGAUUUCUCCAUGUCCUAUGAGGGAUUCAACAUCACCUUCUCAGAAUAUGACCUGGAGCCCUGCGAAGAGCCCGAGGUUCCAGCCUACAGCAUCCGAAAGGGCUUACAGUUUGGUGUGGGCGACACCCUGACCUUUUCCUGCUUCCCCGGGUACCGUCUGGAGGGCACGGCCCGCAUCACGUGCCUGGGGGGCAGACGGCGCCUGUGGAGCUCGCCUCUGCCAAGGUGUGUUGCGGAGUGUGGGAACUCAGUCACAGGAACUCAGGGCACUUUGCUGUCCCCCAACUUUCCUGUGAACUACAAUAACAAUCACGAAUGUAUCUACUCCAUCCAGACCCAGCCGGGGAAGGGGAUUCAGCUUAAAGCCAAGGCAUUUGAACUCGCUGAAGGAGACCUUCUCAAGGUCUAUGAUGGCACUAACAACUCCGCCCGUUUGCUGGGGGUCUUCAGCCGCUCUGAGAUGUUGGGAGUGACUUUGAACAGCACAUCCAGCAGCCUGUGGCUUGACUUCAUCACAGAUGCAGAAAACACGAGCAAAGGCUUUGAACUUCAAUUCUCUAGUUUCGAGCUCAUCCGAUGUGAGGACCCAGGGACCCCACAGUUUGGCUACAAGGUUCAUGAUGGAGGUCAUUUUGCAGGGAGCUCAGUGACCUUCAGCUGUGACCCCGGCUACAGUCUUCGGGGCAGCGAGGAACUGAUGUGUCUAAGUGGUGAACGCAGGACGUGGGACCGACCACUGCCAACCUGUGUCGCUGAGUGUGGAGGGACAGUGAGAGGAGAGGUGUCAGGGCAGGUGCUGUCGCCUGGGUACCCGGCUCCCUAUGAACACAAUCUCAACUGCAUCUGGACCAUCGAGGCAGACGCUGGAUGCACCAUUGGGCUCCACUUCCUUGUGUUUGACACAGAGGAGGUCCACGACGUACUGCGCAUCUGGGACGGGCCUGUGGAAAGCGGGGUUCUCCUCAAGGAGCUGAGUGGCCCGAUGCUGCCCAAGGACCUGCACAGCACCUUCAACUCGGUUGUCCUGCAGUUCAGCACGGACUUCUUCACCAGCAAGCAGGGCUUCGCCAUUCAGUUCUCAGUGUCCACAGCAACCUCCUGCAAUGACCCUGGAGUCCCACAGAAUGGGAGUCGGAGUGGUGACAGCUGGGAAGCCGGUGAUACCACAGUGUUCCAGUGCGACCCAGGCUAUGCUCUGCAGGGAAGCGCAGAGAUCAGCUGUGUGAAGAUACAGAACAGAUUCUUCUGGCAGCCCAGCCCGCCCACGUGCAUUGCUCCUUGUGGGGGAGACCUCACAGGACCAUCAGGAGUCAUUCUGUCACCAAACUACCCAGAACCCUACCCACCAGGCAAGGAGUGUGACUGGAAAGUGACCGUCUCUCCUGACUACGUCAUCGCCCUGGUAUUUAACACAUUUAACUUGGAGCCUGGCUAUGAUUUUCUUCACAUCUACGAUGGACGGGACUCUCUCAGCCCUCUCAUAGGAAGCUUCUAUGGCUCACAGCUCCCCAGCCGCAUUGAAAGCAGCAGCAACAGCCUCUUCCUAGCCUUCCGCAGCGAUGCAUCUGUGAGCAAUGCUGGCUUCGUUAUUGACUACACAGAAAACCCAAGAGAGUCAUGUUUUGACCCUGGUUCCAUCAAGAAUGGCACUCGAGUGGGCUCCGACCUGAAGCUCGGCUCUUCCAUCACCUACUACUGCCACGGGGGCUACGAAGUGGAGGGAGCCUCCACCCUGAGCUGCAUCCUGGGGCCUGACGGGAAGCCGAUGUGGAACAAUCCGAGGCCAGUCUGCACAGCUCCGUGUGGUGGACAGUAUGUGGGUUCAGAUGGAGUGGUCCUAUCUCCAAACUACCCCCAGAACUACACCAGUGGACAGACCUGCUUGUAUUUUGUCACUGUGCCUAAGGACUAUGUGGUGUUCGGCCAGUUUGCCUUCUUCCACACAGCUCUCAACGACAUUGUGGAGGUGCAUGACGGCUACAGCCAGCACUCCCGGCUCCUCAGCUCCCUCUCGGGCUCUCACACAGGAGAGUCGCUGCCCUUGGCUACGUCCAAUCAAGUUCUCAUUAAGUUCAGCGCCAAAGGUCAAGUAUCAGCCAGGGGGUUCCACUUUGUCUACCAAGCGGUACCCCGAACCAGCGCCACACAGUGCAGUUCUGUGCCAGAACCUCGCUACGGCAAGAGGCUUGGCAGUGACUUCUCCGUGGGGGCCAUCAUUCGCUUCGAAUGCAACUCGGGCUAUGCCCUGCAGGGGUCCCCAGAGAUCGAGUGCCUCCCUGUACCUGGGGCAUUGGCCCAGUGGAAUGUCUCUGCACCAACCUGUGUGGUGCCAUGUGGUGGCAACCUCACUGAGCGCAGGGGAACCAUCCUGUCCCCCGGCUUCCCGGAGCCUUAUCUCAACAGCCUCAACUGCGUGUGGAAGAUCAUAGUCCCCGAAGGCGCUGGCAUCCAGAUUCAAGUCAUCAGUUUUGUCACAGAGCAGAACUGGGACUCUCUAGAAGUGUUUGAUGGAGCAGAUAACACCGUAACCAUGCUGGGAAGUUUCUCAGGGACGACGGUACCCGCCCUCCUGAACAGCACCUCCAACCAGCUCUAUCUCCACUUCUACUCCGACAUCAGUGUGUCUGCUGCUGGCUUCCACUUGGAAUACAAGACGGUGGGCCUGAGCAGUUGUCCCGAACCAGCUGUACCCAGCAAUGGGGUGAAGACAGGAGAGCGCUAUUUGGUGAACGAUGUGGUCUCUUUCCAGUGUGAGCCAGGAUAUGCCCUCCAGGGCCACGCCCACAUCUCCUGCAUGCCCGGGACUGUGCGUCGUUGGAACUACCCCCCUCCACUCUGCAUUGCGCAAUGCGGGGGAGCAGUGGAAGAGAUGGAAGGGGUGAUCCUGAGCCCCGGUUUCCCAGGCAACUACCCCAGUAACAUGGACUGCUCCUGGAAGAUCUCACUGCCGGUGGGCUUUGGUGCUCACAUCCAGUUUUUGAACUUCUCCACGGAGCCCAACCAUGACUUCUUAGAAAUCCGGAGUGGCCCCUCAGAGACCAGCCGCAUGAUGGGCAGGUUCAGCGGGAGCGAGCUGCCGGGUUCCCUGCUCUCCACAUCCCACGAUAGCAUCGUGUACUUCCACAGCGACCACUCCCAGAACCGGCCAGGAUUCAAGCUGGAGUACCAGGCCUACGAACUCCAAGAGUGCCCAGAUCCAGAGCCUUUUGCCAAUGGCAUCGUGAGGGGAGCUGGCUAUAAUGUUGGACAAUCAGUGACCUUCGAGUGCCUUCCAGGAUAUCAACUGACUGGUCAACCUGUCCUCACCUGUCAACAUGGUACUAAUCGGAACUGGGACCACCCCCUACCCAGGUGUGAAGUCCCCUGUGGUGGGAACAUCACCUCUUUUAAUGGCACCGUGUACUCCCCUGGAUACCCUAGUCCCUACUCCAGCUCCCAAGACUGUGUCUGGCAGAUCACUGUCCCCAUUGGCCAUGGCGUCCAUCUCAACCUCAGCCUGCUCCAGAUAGAGCCCUUUGGAGACUACAUCACUGUCUGGGAUGGGCCACAGCAGACAUCUCUUCAGCUUGGGGUCUUCACACGGAGUUUGUCUAAGAAAAUAGCGCACAGCUCCUCCAACCAGGUCCUGCUCAAGUUCCACCGGGACACGGCCACAGGUGGGAUCUUCGCCAUUGCCUUCUCAGCUUAUCCACUCACCAAGUGCCCUCCCCCGACCAUCCUCCCCAAUGCUGAAGUGGUCACAGAGAAUGAAGAAUUCAACAUAGGUGACAUCGUCCGCUACCGGUGCCUUCCGGGCUUUACCUUAGUGGGGAGUGAAAUCCUGACCUGCAAGCUGGGAACCUACCUGCAGUUUGAAGGUCCACCCCCAAUAUGUGAAGUGCACUGCCCGACCAAUGAGCUUCUGACAGACUCCACUGGUGUGAUCCUUAGCCAGAGCUAUCCCGGAAGCUACCCACAGUUCCAGACCUGCUCCUGGCUGGUGAGGGUUGAGCCAGAGUACAAUAUCUCUAUCACGGUGGAGUACUUCCUCAGCGAGAAGCAGUAUGAUGAAUUUGAGAUCUUUGAUGGUCCCUCAGGACAAAGUCCUCUACUGAAAGCUCUCAGUGGGAAUUACUCGGCUCCCCUGAUUGUCACCAGCUCAAGCAAUUCUGUGUACCUGCGCUGGUCAUCUGACCACGCCUACAACCGGAAGGGUUUUAAGAUUCGGUAUUCAGCCCCCUACUGCAGCCUGCCUAAGGCUCCACUCCACGGCUUCAUCCUGGGACAGACAACCACCCAGCCGGGCGGCUCCAUCCACUUCGGCUGCAACACAGGCUACCGUUUGGUGGGACACAGCAUGGCCAUCUGUACCCGGCACCCCCAAGGCUACCACCUAUGGAGUGAGUCCAUUCCUCUCUGUCAAGCUCUUUCCUGUGGUCUCCCUGAUGCUCCCAAAAAUGGAAUUGUGUUUGGCAAGGAGUACACGGUGGGGACUAAGGCCGUGUACAGCUGCAAUGAAGGCUACCACCUCCAGACAGGUGCCGAGGCCACAGCAGAGUGUCUGGACACUGGCCUGUGGAGCAACAGCAAUGUCCCCCCACAGUGUGUCCCUGUGACCUGCCCUGAUACCAGCAGCAUCAGUGUGGAGCAUGGCCGGUGGAGGCUCAUCUUUGAGACCCAGUAUCAGUUCCAGGCCCAGCUGAUGCUCAUCUGUGACCCUGGCUACUACUACACUGGCCAAAGGGUCAUCCGCUGCCAGGCCAACGGCAGAUGGAGCCUGGGAGAGUCUAUGCCCACCUGCCAAAUCAUCUCCUGUGGAGAGCUCCCCACACCCCCGAGUGGGCACCGCAUUGGAACAAUGUCUGUCUAUGGGGCGACUGCCAUCUUCUCCUGCAACUCCGGAUAUACACUGGUGGGCUCCAGGGUACGGGAGUGCAUGGCCAAUGGACUCUGGAGUGGCUCUGAAGUCCGCUGCCUUGCUGGACACUGUGGGACCCCAGAGCCCAUUGUCAACGGACACAUCAAUGGGGAAAACUUCAACUACCGAGGCAGCGUGGUGUACCAGUGCAGGGCUGGCUUCCGUCUGAUCGGCAUGUCUGUGCGCAUCUGCCAGCAAGAUCAUCACUGGUCGGGCAAGACCCCUUUCUGUGUGCCAAUCACCUGUGGACACCCAGGCAAUCCAGUCAACGGCCUUACUCAGGGCAGCCAGUUCAACCUCAACGACGUGGUCAAGUUCACUUGCAACCCAGGAUACAUAGCUGAGGGGGUUGCUAGGUCCCAGUGCCUGGCCAGCGGGCAGUGGAGUGACACACUGCCCACCUGCAGAAUCAUCAACUGUACAGAUCCUGGACACCAGGAGAACAGUGUCCGGCAAGUCCACGCCAGCGGCCCCCACAGGUUCAGCUUCGGCACCACCGUGUCCUACCAGUGCAACCACGGCUUCUACCUCCUGGGCACACCUGCCCUCAGCUGUCAGGGAGAUGGCACCUGGGACCGGCCCCGCCCACAGUGUCUCUUGGUGUCCUGUGGCCAUCCUGGCUCUCCACCUCACGCCCAAAUGUCUGGAGACAGCUACAUCGUGGGGGCCGUCGUGCGUUACAGCUGCAUGGGCAAGCGGACUCUGGUGGGAAAUGCCACCCGCAUGUGUGGACUGGACGGACACUGGACAGGCUCUCUCCCCCACUGCUCAGGAACCAGCACAGGAGUUUGUGGUGACCCGGGGAUUCCAGCCCAUGGCAUCCGCCUAGGAGACAGCUUUGCCCCAGGCAGUGUAAUGCGCUUUAGUUGUGAUGCUGGCCACGUGCUCCGGGGAUCUUCCGAGCGAAUGUGUCAAGCCAAUGGCUCCUGGAGUGGGUCGCAGCCAGAGUGUGGAGUGAUCUCAUGCGGGAACCCCGGAACUCCAAGCAACGCCCAAGUGGUGUUCAGCGAUGGCCUGGUGUUCUCCAGUUCCAUUGUCUAUGAGUGUCGUGAAGGCUACUAUGCCACAGGCCUGCUCAGCCGACACUGCUCUGUCAACGGCACCUGGACAGGCAGUGACCCUGAGUGCACAGUCAUAAACUGUGGUGAUCCCGGGAUUCCAGCCAAUGGCAUCCGGCUGGGUAAUGACUUCAGGUACAACAAAACUGUGACGUACCAGUGUGUCCCCGGCUAUGUGAUGGAAUCACACAGAGUGUCUGUGUUGAGCUGCACCAAGGACCGGACCUGGAACAGUACCAAGCCGGUUUGCAAAGCUAUCAUGUGCAAACCUCCUCAGCUCAUCCCGAACGGGAAAGUGGUAGGGUCUGACUUCACGUGGGGUUCUAGUGUGAGCUAUGCCUGCCUGGAGGGGUACCAGCUCUCCCUGCCUGCCGUGCUCACCUGCGAGGGAAAUGGAUCCUGGACCGGAGAGCUGCCUCAGUGCUUCCCCGUGUUCUGCGGAGACCCAGGGGUCCCUCCUCAAGGGAGGAGAGAGGACCGCGGUUUCUCCUACAGGUCAUCUGUGUCCUUCUCCUGCCAUGCUCCUCUGGUGCUGGUGGGCUCCCCACGGAGGUUUUGCCAGUCAGACGGGACGUGGAGCGGCACACAACCCAGCUGCAUAGAUCCCACGCUGACCACAUGUGCAGAUCCCGGGAUGCCGCAGUUCGGAAUACAGAACAGCUCCCAAGGCUACCAGGUUGGGAGCACGGUGCUAUUCCGUUGUCAGAAAGGUUACCUGCUUCAGGGAUCCACCACCAGGACCUGCCUUCCCAACCUGACCUGGAGUGGAACCCCACCUGACUGUGUCCCCCACCACUGCAAGCAACCAGAGACGCCCACACAUGCCAAUGUCGGGGCCCUGGACCUUCCAUCCAUGGGUUACACACUCAUCUACUCCUGCCAGGAGGGCUUCUCCCUCAGGGGUGGCUCUGAGCACCGUACCUGUAAAGCCGACGGCAGCUGGACAGGCAAACCGCCCAUCUGCCUGGCAGAGGCCCGGCCCAGCGGGAGACCCAUCAACACUGCCCGGGAGCCUCUGCUCACCCAGGCCUCAGUUCCAGGGGAUGUUUUUGCCAAGAAUUCCUUGUGGAAAGGGGCCUAUGAAUACCAGGGGAAGAAGCAGCCAGCCAUGCUUAGAGUCACCGGCUUCCAGGUAGCCAACAGCAAGGUCAACGCCACCAUGAUCGACCAUAGUGGGGUGGAACUGCAUUUGGCAGGGAAUUAUAAAAAGGAAGAUUUCCGCCUCCUGCUUCAGGUCUACCAGGUCACGGGGCCUGUGGAGAGCUUUGUGAACAAGUUCAAAGACGACCACUGGGCGUUAGAUGGCCAUGUUUCCUCAGAGUCCUCUGGAGGCACCUUCGUCUACCAAGGCUCUGUCAAGGGCCAAGGCUUUGGGCAGUUCGGCUUUCAAAGACUUGACCUCAGGCUGUUGGAGUCAGAUCCCGAGUCCAUCGGCCGGCACUUUGCUUCCAACAGCAGUUCAGUGGCCGCUGCCAUCCUGGUGCCUUUCAUCGCUCUCAUCAUCGCCGGCUUUGUCCUCUAUCUCUACAAGCACAGGAGAAGACCCAAAGUUCCAUUCAAUGGCUAUGCUGGCCAUGAGAACACGAACGUGCGGGCCACAUUUGAGAACCCCAUGUAUGACCGCAACAUCCAGCCCACAGACAUCAUGAGCAACGAGGCAGAGUUCACAGUCAGCACAGUGUGUACUGCGGUAUAGCCCCAAGGCCUGGCUGCAGCUGCCACCGCCACCGAGAGCCCCGCCGCCAGCAGCCGCUCCCCAGGGGGCAGGAAGGAGCUCCCCUGAGCACAGCGCCCAGUGCCCAUCUUCGUCUGUCCCUCCGCCUACGUCUGCCACUGCUGGGACUCAGGCCCUUGCCCGCCCUGCCUCCAUCUGUGCUUGUCAUCCUGGCGAGGACUCCACGAUGCCCUGGUGUGGAGCAGUAGAGGAAGAGGGCUGCAGCUGGAGGAAAGCAGAUGGAUUCAAACAGCAGAGUGAAUUAUGGGUGUGUACCUGAGCACACACAGCCUCUCCUUCACUGUGUCCUACAGAAGAGACCAUAGAGGCUUAAAAGAGGGAAGUGUGUGUGUGCAUGGGUGCGUGGGUGCAUGGGUGGGUGGGUGGGUGGUUGUGAUGUGUGUGUGUGUGUAUGUGUGUGUGUGUGAAAGAUACCCUAGACAAUGUUCCCCACAAACCCAGAGGGAAUGAUGAGAGAGGCAUCAUUACCUCUCAAACCAACAUGUCCCCAAAUGUGGGGACAUGGAGAAUGAGUGAGAAGGUGACAUCUCAUGGGAGGUAGCAUGCAGAAGCCACCUGGCUGCAGGGGUGGCCCCAUUUGCACAUCGAUAGCAAGGAUUACCUAGAAGAAAAGGGGGGAAAUUCUUCAGAUAUAAUUAGGUAAUCAUGCAAUUUUUUUCAACCAUAAUGGCACUGAGUUCUAAACCCAGUGAAUUAAAAAGUCAUUUGAGGUCCUGGGCAUCUUUGGAAAAGAAGGGUAAAGUCGUAAUGGAGUUGAGGGAUAGAGCAGAAAUCUGGCUCAGGAGCCUAGCACCACAUCUUCCUGUCAUCUGACCAAGAGAAGAGAAAAAGACCAGACUGCACACCCUGGAGAGGACAGGAACAAGCCAGCUCUGGCUCCCAAAAGGUGGCGGCCACCACUUACUGACUUAUUCUCUGUGCCUGACUCUUUACAUGUCAUUUCUAGUUCUUAAAACACCACCAAAGCAGGACUUGCUAUUUCCAUUCAGAGGUCAGGGAAGGUGGAAGCACGAGCCACAGAGUACACUGGUGAUGUAAACACGAAUCUCUCUGACCCUGAAGUCUGCUGUACCUGCUGCCAGAAAAUCCAGGUCUCCAAUGGGCACCAAAGGCAGGAAGGUAGGGGAGUCUCAACAAGAGGAUGCGGGUGUCUAAUCUGGAUGCUGCUGCCGUCUGUGCCUGGGCAGCGCCAGAUCCAGCACCCAGUGCCCCAGCCUCCUGAAUUGGUGCUCGCCCCUUGGCUUCCAACAGCCCGCAACCACAGCAGAGGACCUGGCAGCUCCUUAAUCAAGAGAACUGAGCGAAAUCACCUUCUCUCCAGCUCCUGGCGGGUGGCUCAGAGUCAUUUAGGCCAGUGCUUCUCAACCUGUGCAUCACAACCCCUUUGUGGGUGAAGUGACUCUUUCACGGGGGUCACCUAAGACCAUCCUGCAUAUCAGAUAUUUACAUUAUAAUUCAUAACAGUAGAAAAUUACAGUUAUGAAAAAGCAACAAAAAUAAUUUUAUGUCGGGGGUCACCACCACAUGAGGAACUGUAUUAAAGGGUGGUAGCAAUAGGAAGGUUGAGAACCACUGAAUUAGACAAUGUCACUGUGUUUAGGUCAUUAAUGAAUUCCUUAUGAGUGUGGUCGGGAAGCUCAUGAGUUUAGAAAUCAACAUAAUAACAUUUAGAUUCACUUUUUCCGUGUCUUACGGGAGGUCCCCAUGAGCAUACACACCCGCUUCUGUGUGAACAGCAGCCUCCGACGCUUGUAGAACAUAUUGAAAUAACAAACAGAAUGUGUGUGAGGAUGGACGGGGAGAGCCGCAAAGUUCACAGGAACAAUUAAAAGAGCUCAGUGAGGACAGGCUGAAGUGGGGGGGGUCUCCAUUUCCAGCAGGUGCAUCAAAGACCACAAGGGCAGGCCCACUCCUGCCCACACACCCUCGGGCCCUCAGGGACUCAGCAUCCCUGCACCCGGUGGCAGAGGACCAGUCGAGACAAACUUGUUCAUGCUCAUUCUGCCCUUGGUGGUGAAUGCAGGAGGUUCUCGGGCUCCUUCCCCCUUCCUCCCCAAAGCUAACCCAGUCUGCUCACCCAGCCCUGCCUCGCUCCCUCCCCUGUGUGUGCUUGGGAGGUCCCGGGAGACACUCAAGGAGCAAAGGCUGAUGGGUACCCAGCAUCUGCUGUGUGUCACCCUCUCUCUGGCUUUGGGCACUUUCUCUUCAUCCCCAGAGGCUCAGAAGGGAACAAGGCAGAUUAAGCCCUUCACCCACCAUCCCUGUACCUACCACCUCCAUCCCACGAGGAAAAAAAAAAGUAAAACAAAAACAAAAAAAAUCUUUUGUACAGAGAUAUAUUUUUAUUAUACAAAGUUUGUACAGUACCAAAAAAAGACAGAAAAAAGGGUGUACAUUUUUUUUCAUUAUUGUAGGUAAAUGGUGUGGGAGCCUUUUUUGUAAAUGUAAUAAAAUGUAUAAAUAUGGUUUUCAGGAAGCAUCCCGUGCUGUAAAUAUGUAAUCUACACCCCUUCUUGGCUUGUCUGCAGUAUAUGCAUUUAAUUUAUCUGUCUCUGUAUAUGAGGCUUCCUCUGGGCUUCUGCAUUAUGGUACUUUCUGGAAUUUGAAAGCAAUUUUAAAUUUUUUGAAUUCAAAUAAAAUAUAAAUUUUUGCA